GUAUAAUCGGCGUGGGGGCGACUGGGUAUAGGCUGGGCUAUUGGCCGGUGGGGGGGGGGGGGGGGGGGGGGGGGGGGGGGGGGGUGGGGGGGGGGGGGGGGGGGGGGGGGGGGGGGGGGGGGGGGGGGGGGGGGGGGGGGGGGGGGGGGGGGGGGGGGGGGGGGGGGGGGGGGGGGGGGGGGGGGGGGGGGGGGGGGGGGGGGGGGGGGGGGGGGGGGGGGGGGGGGGGGGGGGGGGGGGGGGGGGGGGGGGGGGGGGGGGGGGGGGGGGGGGGGGGGGGGGGGGGGGGGGGGGGGGGGGGGGGGGGGGGGGGGGGGGGGGGGGGGGGGGGGGGGGGGGGUGGGGGGGGGGGGGGGGGGGGGGGGGGGGGGGGGGGGGGGGGGGGGGGGGGGGGGGGGGGGGGGGGGGGGGGGGGGGGGGGGGGGGGGGGGGGGGGGGGGGGGGGGGGGGGGGGGGGGGGGGGGGGGGGGGGGGGGGGGGGGGGGGGGGGGGGGGGGGGGGGGGGGGGGGGGGGGGGGGGGGGGGGGGGGGGGGGGGGGGGGGGGGGGGGGGGGGGGGGGGGGGGGGGGGGGGGGGGGGGGGGGGGGGGGGGGGGGGGGGGGGGGGGGGGGGGGGGGGGGGGGGGGGGGGGGGGGGGGGGGGGGGGGGGGGGGGUGGGGGGGGGGGGGGGGGGGGGGGGGGGGGGGGGGGGGGGGGGGGGGGGGGGGGGGGGGGGGGGUGGGGGGGGGGGGGGGGGGGGGGGGGGGGGGGGGGGGGGGGGGGGGGGGGGGGGGGGGGGGGGGGGGGGGGGGGGGGGGGGGGGGGGGGGGGGGGGGGGGGGGGGGGGGGGGGGGGGGGGGGGGGGGGGGGGGGGGGGGGGGGGGGGGGGGGGGGGGGGGGGGGGGGGGGGGGGGGGGGGGGGGGGGGGGGGGGGGGGGGGGUGGGGGGGGGGGGGGGGGGGGGGGGGGGGGGGGGGGGGGGGGGGGGGGGGGGGGGGGGGGGGGGGGGGGGGGGGGGGGGGGGGGGGGGGGGGGGGGGGGGGGGGGGGGGGGGGGGGGGGGGGGGGGGGGGGGGGGGGGGGGGGGGGGGGUGGGGGGGGGGGGGGGGGGGGGGGGGGGGGGGGGGGGGGGGGGGGGGGGGGGGGGGGGGGGGGGGGGGGGGGGGGGGGGGGGGGGGGGGGGGGGGGGGGGGGGGGGGGGGGGGGGGGGGGGGGGGGGGGGGGGGGGGGGGGGGGGGGGGGGGGGGGGGGGGGGGAGGGGGGGGGGGGGGGGGGGGGGGGGGGGGGGGGGGGGGGGGGGGGGGGGGGGGGGGGGGGGGGGGGGGGGGGGGGGGGGGGGGGGGGGGGGGGGGGGGGGGGGGGGGGGGGGGGGGGGGGGGGGGGGGGGGGGGGGGGGGGGGGGGGGGGGGGGGGGGGGGGGGGGGGGGGGGGGGGGGGGGGGGGGGGGGGGGGGGGGGGGGGGGGGGGGGGGGGGGGGGGGGGGGGGGGGGGGGGGGGGGGGGGGGGGGGAGGGGGGGGGGGGGGGGGGGGGGGGGGGGGGGGGGGGGGGGGGGGGGGGGGGGGGGGGGGGGGGGGGGGGGGGGGGGGGGGGGGGGGGGGGGGGGGGGGGGGGGGGGGGGGGGGGGGGGGGGGGGGGGGGGGGGGGGGGGGGGGGGGGGGGGGGGGGGGGGGGGGGGGGGGGGGGGGGGGGGGGGGGGGGGGGGGGGGGGGGGGGGGGGUGGGGGGGGGGGGGGGGGGGGGGGGGGGGGGGGGGGGGGGGGGGGGGGGGGGGGGGGGGGGGGGGGGGGGGGGGGGGGGGGGGGGGGGGGGGGGGGGGGGGUGGGGGGGGGGGGGGGGGGGGGGGGGGGGGGGGGGGGGGGGGGGGGCGGGGGGGGGGGGGGGGGGGGGGGGGGGGGGGGGGGGGGGGGGGGGGGGGGGGGGGGGGGGGGGGGGGGGGGGGGGGGGGGGGGGGGGGGGGGGGGGGGGGGGGGGGGUGGGGGGGGGGGGGGGGGGGGGGGGGGGGGGGGGGGGGGGGGGGGGGGGGGGGGGGGGGGGGGGGGGGGGGGGGGGGGGGGGGGGGGGGGGGGGGGGGGGGGGGGGGGGGGGGGGGGGAGGGGGGGGGGGGGGGGGGGGGGGGGGGGGGGGGGGGGGGGGGGGGGGGGGGGGGGGGGGGGGGGGGGGGGGGGGGGGGGGGGGGGGGGGGGGGGGGGGGGGGGGGGGGGGGGGGGGGGUGGGGGGGGGGGGGGGGGGGGGGGGGGGGGGGGGGGGGGGGGGGGGGGGGGGGGGGGGGGGGGGGGGGGGGGGGGGGAGGGGGGGGGGGGGGGGGGGGGGGGGGGGGGGGGGGGGGGGGGGGGGGGGGGGGGGGGGGGGGGGGGGGGGGGGGGGGGGGGGGGGGGGGGGGGGGGGGGGGGGGGGGGGGGGGGGGGGGGGGGGGGGGGGGGGGGGGGGGGGGGGGGGGGGGGGGGGGGGGGGGGGGGGGGGGGGGGGGGGGGGGGGGGGGGGGGGGGGGGGGGGGGGGGGGGGGGGGGGGGGGGGGGGGGGGGGGGGGGGGGGGGGGGGGGGGGGGGGGGGGGGGGGGGGGGGGGGGGGGGGGGGGGGGGGGUGGGGGGGGGGGGGGGGGGGGGGGGGGGGGGGGGGGGGGGGGGGGGGGGGGUGGGGGGGGGGGGGGGGGGGGGGGGGGGGGGGGGGGGGGGGGGGGGGGGGGGGGGGGGGGGGGGGGGGGGGGGGGGGGGGGGGGGGGGGGGAGGGGGGGGGGGGGGGGGGGGGGGGGGGGGGGGGGGGGGGGGGGGGGGGGGGGGGGGGGGGGGGGGGGGGGGGGGGGGGGGGGGGGGGGGGGGGGGGGGGGGGGGGGGGGGGGGGGGGGGGGGGGGGGGGGGGGGGGGGGGGGGGGUGGGGGGGGGGGGGGGGGGGGGGGGGGGGGGGGGGGGGGGGGGGGGGGGGGGGGGGGGGGGGGGGGGGGGGGGGGGGGGGGGGGGGGGGGGGGGGGGGGGGGGGGGGGGGGGGGGGGGGGGGGGUGGGGGGGGGGGGGGGGGGGGGGGGGGGGGGGGGGGGGGGGGGGGGGGGGGGGGGGGGGGGGGGGUGGGGGGGGGGGGGGGGGGGGGGGGGGGGGGGGGGGGGGGGGGGGGGGGGGGGGGGGGGGGGGGGGGGGGGGGGGGGGGGGGGGGGGGGGGGGGGGGGGGGGGGGGGGUGGGGGGGGGGGGGGGGGGGGGGGGGGGGGGGGGGGGGGGGGGGGGGGGGGGGGGGGGGGGGGGGGGGGGGGGGGGGGGGGGGGGGGGGGGGGGGGGGGGGGGGGGGGGGGGGGGGGGGGGGGGGGGGGGGGGGGGGGGGGGGGGGGGGGGGGGGGGUGGGGGGGGGGGGGGGGGGGGGGGGGGGGGGGGGGGGGGGGGGGGGGGGGGGGGGGGGGGGGGGGGGGGGGGGGGGGGGGGGGGGGGGGUGGGGGGGGGGGGGGGGGGGGGGGGGUGGGGGGGGGGGGGGGGGGGGGGGGGGGGCGGGGGGGGGGGGGGGGGGGGGGGGGGGUGGGGGGGGGGGUGGGGGGGGGGGGGGUGGGGGGGGGGGGGGGUGGGGGGUGGGGGG